AUGCUCGAGACGCUGGCGGUGGGAUUGCCGGGUAUAACGGAGAAGACCGAGACACCGUCGGUGUUCUGCCUCAACAAUUUCGAUCCCGUGGAAAACGGGGCCAACUAUUGGCCGCAGCCGGGCCUCCCCGGAGUCAUCACGCGCGACACCAAUCAGUGCCGCUUUGGUGACUUCAUGCCGUACCAGCAACAUAUGACAAACAAAGGCGGUGUCCGCACCUACACCUGCCAGAACCAGGCGGUCCAGGUGGGGGAGGGCGGGUACUGCACCGAGAUUUCUCGGCCCCACGUCGUCCACCCAUCCUGUCCAGAGGACAUCGGCGGCAAGGCGCGUGCGAUGGCUCGCCUCACAUCCCACGGCCGGCAGGAAGACUUUAAUUGCUUCUUCGUGGUCCAAUGCUCGUCGGGUGCCGCCUGGUCGGCCGUCUUCAUCAUGAUGCGCGUCAUCCUGUCUCGCCUGCUCGCCGGCACUGAAGUUGAGGUGCUCGAUUUGUGGCAUGAGCUGCGCAGCGUUCGCCCGGACGCCAUCACGCAGCCCGAUCAGUACAUGGUCGUCUACAUGUCGGUGCUGGAGUACAUCAAGGCCCGAGUGCCGGAGCACAAGGACAGGAUCGACGGGUUCCUCGCCGACGUCAAGGGGGCCAUGGAACCUCCCAAG